AUUUCGACCGGGCCUUGCAGCGUGUCCUCGAUAAAUUUGACAACAGAGGACUGAAGAUUAACGAAGGAUCCAGGAACGAAUGUCGUGAUGCCUACAGCAAGAUAAGAUCCAACAAGAUCGAGGAGGACCUUUACGCUUCUCAGGCACUGCAGAUUACAGAGAAGGAUGGCAAAUUCCAGGUUGUGAUGGACGUGAAGGACUUCAACCCUCGAGAACUACAAGUAAGAGCCGUGGACGACAGAAUUGUAGUUGAGGGCGGGUACCAGAAGGUCUCUCAAGAUGGCACCGCCAAAUCUCUUAAAUCCUUUCAUAAAGAAUUCACAUUACCCGAUGCCGCAGACAUUGAUCAGGUGACUACUGCACUCUCUAAGGAUGGAGUCUUAACUAUCAGAGCACCAAAGAAGGAAGGUGCUGCCAUUACCGAGGGUCCCAAGAAGAGUAGCAGUAGCAGUUCUUCUUCAAGUAUGCAACAGUCCUCUUUCAAUCAAAACGAUAAUAACUCAACGUCUUCCUUCAAAAGUUCAUCCUCUAAGACUGUUAUACAGUCUUCUUCUAGUUUUGAAAGCUCAUCAAAUGAUGGGUUCGACAGCUUGCCCAAGGAAAUGAGGGAGAGGCUCAUGUUCAGUGAUUCGGGUUUUGGAUCCACAAAAACGAGCACAUGCUCAUCACCAGCUCCCAGUGAAACUGGAUCAGAAUGCUCAAGAGUUUCCUCCACCAUGGAAUUUGAUCUCAGUAAGAAAGCCCCUGUGCGUUCUGAGGUGUCUUUCAACGUAGCUUUAGUCCAAGCCAACUGCAGCUAGUCAAGCCAACCUGCACCUCAACCAAUGUUUACACAACCACCAAUGGGUCCUCAGUCUCCACAACAUAUGGCCCAAGGGCCCCAACAACCCAUGUAUCAGCAGCCUCAACAACCCACUUACCAGCAGCCACAAAUGCCUCCAUUUUCCCAGCCUCAGCCUCCAAUGUACCAACCAUACCAGCAACAACCAAUGUAUCAGCCUCCUAACCAAUCUACGCCCCAGUAUCAGCAGCCUCCACAAACAAUGCCACAGCAACCGACUCAGCCAAUGCACCAACGCCCUCAGCCACCUACGUAUCAACAGUUCCAACAACAACCUCAACCUAUGUAUCAGCAACAACCUCAAUCACUGUCACAGACUGCUCCUCAAGGCCCGCAACCUAAAUCCUUUGGAGCAGGAUCUGGUAACCAGUCAAACGUUAGUAUCACUGAAGAAAAUGGUCGUAGAGUUCUUACUUCUCAGACAUCUAACAUAGUACAAGAAAAAGAUGGCGUUAUGGAGCACCGUGAAACCGCCGCUGAAAUCACAGACAAGAACAGUCAAGCUGCGAGACGUGAGGCCACAACCAAAAUGUCAAAACACGAAGAAGAUCCAGAGGGCAAGUUCAAGCGCUCAGAAGCUGCAGAUGCAGCCGAGGUGAGUGAAUCCUGCGUACAACAGAUGCCCGAUGGAUCUGUAAUGUCAGUGAAGAAGAGUUCUUCAUCCACAUCAUCCGUCAAGCAAUCGUUCUCAACUUCAGCAGGAGACAUGGGAGGGUUCUUCCAGACACCAAACUUUCCAACAGGCUUUGACGACCUGAGAAAUUUGAUGGACCGCGGACAUUCGCUCAUGUCUCAGAUGUCAACAGACUCCAUGGCUUCCACUCUGUCUGGGAGAUCUGGUUUCACUGACAUGUCCAACUUCACACACUUCAGUGAUGCAUCGUCUAAAUUCUCAGAUAUGUCUAACUUCAGCAACUUGUCCAAUUUCUCUGACAUGUCUUCAAUGUCCCAUCAGCACAUGGCAAAUAUGGCAAACAUGGCCAACAUGUUCCCGGAAACGAAUUCCUCCAGGUUAAUGAAGUCCUUCUCCACAUCCUCCUCCUCGUCCUCCGUGAACAAAUCAUUCUCCUCAAACUUCGGAGACGGCAACUUCUAAGAUAAUCUGCUUAUUCCCAUACAAAUCAAUACACCCUAUAACCUGAGAUAGGGACGUGCGUGCCAUGCAAAAACCCUAACUAUAUCACUACCAUAUUGUAUUUUUUUUAAAUGGUUCUGUACUUUUAUCACUGUGAUGCUUUUCCUCUUAUUUAAGACUUUUUGCAAUUGUAACUUUCAAAAGCCUGGUGCUCUUGUUGUGCUUAUAGUUUUAAGAUGUUUUUUUUCGAUAAUGACAUUUUGAGUAUUUUUUGAUGUUCAGGGAGGGUGGGGUGGGGUGAUAUAUAUUGAACUAUUUAUGUUACUGCUUAUGGAUGAUAUGGGUUAAACGAUAUUUUUUGAUAUUACAAAGACAACUUAAUACUCACAUAACCAUAAGAUAGGUACUAUAUUGUGUGUGAGAAUUAGUACCCGCAGCUAAAAGAUCGUAUAUCAGUAAUAGGAAAUCAGUAUAACCUGAAUCCCUUUUCUGAGCUUAUAAGAGGACUCUUCUCAAGGUCGUGAAUAAGAUCUAUGGAUUCUUCUGUCGUUCUGAUGUCAAGCAGACCACGACGUAAAUUUGAAAAAUAUUCCACUCGAAAAAUCAGAGUCAAUUUACUGUCAUAUUUCCAAAUGCUGGUACUACUGAUAAUGGAGGAAGAAAGGCCAUGUUAGGCCGCAAAGUAUCUGUAACGAAGAAUUAACCACUGCAAGGUUUUCGAAGACAAAGGCGGCAUAUUAAAGGUCUGUUUUAUGCGUGACAAUGGGUCACAAUGUGGAGUCGGCCUACGAAUCCACUGUCACUGCGAUCAAAUUCCCAUCACAGCGACACAAUCAUGACAGAAGGACAAACAGAAGUUAGACCAGUGGUUCUCAACGUUUUUAUUACCACGCCCCCUCUAAGAGCUGGUCCUUCCCUCCACGGCCCCCUUGCGUAGAAUUUCCUCCCAGAUUUAGAGAAAAAUAACAAAAAAUAAAAGAGAAAGAGAGGGGGUUUCGAGGGAUAGAGGGAGGUAAAUGAUUACAAAAUAUGGAAAGACCAACGACUAUAGAAAAGUAACGUUAUAAGGCGAUGCGUUAGCAUUUUCCCAUAAACUUCUGAAUAUUAUUAGUUCCUCACACUUAUUAAGAGAAUAACGAACAUAAUUUGAGAAUUUUUAAAAUUUUCCCUAGGGCUCGCGCCUCCCCUGGAAAUUGCUGAGGCCCCUCAAGUUGAGAACCACUGAGUCGGACUAUUGGCAUCAACUGCAUUAUUAUUAAGUUAUUAAAAAUAAGUAAUAUAUGGUCUUGUUUUAUACAGUGUGAAUUUUGGAAUAAAAUAUUCCUCUCAA